AAAUAGUACAUUGAGUAAAAUAAAAUGUGUGUAGUUUCAUAACUUUGGCAUUUCCUUCCAAAUUCUUGUUGAACAAAAUGCACAACGAGUUUUGUUUUCAUAUGCAAUACAGAGUUAACGGCAAGGCAACAGGGCGGAUAAGCAAAGGCAUAAGCAGCAAUAUUAGCGGCCAGAGGCAGCAACAGUUACACGAGAAGAACGAUAAGAGUAGCAGUCAGACGGGAUUGCGAUAACAAAGAGAGAGAUAGAGAGAGAGAGAGAGGGAGAGAGAGAGAGAGAGAGAGAGGGAGAGUGAGAGAGAGAGAGAGAGAGAGAGAGUUAGACAGCAGCAGCAGAACGGACAACAUUAUCGAGACGACAAGCGUAGGUCAGAGUAACGAAGCGAUUAUUUGGAGAAUACGAGGCGAGAGGUUGCGAGAGAGCGCGUGCGAGCGCUAUCAUGACGCAAUAGACAAUCCAAUGAAUGAAAUAGCAACAAACACAAUAGUUGGGAGCACAGCAAGUACACAUACAUAUGUCGCCGACGCCUGCGGAGAUUGUAGUAGCGACAUCGGCGCCGCUAAGAGAACACAAUGACAAUGGCUAUAAGACGGCCAAAGCGGCGGCGGCGGCAGCGGCGGCGGCAGCGGCAGCAGCAGCGGCGCCAUCAACAGCAUCAGCGUUAACCAAAGGCAGCGGCACUGGCGAGGUUUCGCUUUCUGCUGCUGAAGCAGCGCAGUCGACGUCGCUGCCACCAGAUAUCGGCUCAACGAGAGUGGGCAGCGAAGUGCUGAUAAUGACGCCAGAGCAAAUUGCCGAAGCUUACGAAAACGCUGUGCGAGAGGAAGAGCGUAAGAGAGCCAAAGUCGAAGAGAGCAAAGUGCGAUUCAAUCUGCCCGGCAUACGAAAAAAGGCCGUAGCCAUUCGUGACGGACUCUUGCUGAUAGUCGGCAAAUUUUUGACAUUCAUUUUGCAUUUAGACAUGCAUGGGGGCAACACCGGCAACAAUAUCAACUUCGUGGAGGGGCUCAUAGACUUUAUCGCCGGCUCGCUGGGCGGCGCCGCACAAGUCUAUGUCUCCCAGCCGUUGGACACCGUCAAAGUGAAGCUACAAACAUUUCCCGAAACCUAUAAGGGCAUGUUUGAUUGCUUUAUUAGCACCUAUCGCAGAGAUGGCGUCAUGCGGGGCCUGUACGCUGGCUCUGUGCCGGCGGUCUUUGCAAAUGUUGCCGAAAAUUCAGUGCUCUUUGCCGCCUACGGUGGCUGCCAAAAGUUUGUCACCUAUGUGGUUGGCAAGGAUCUGGCUAGCGAAUUGACAACCACGCAGAACGCAUGCGCCGGCUCUCUGGCCGCCUGCUUCUCCACGUUGACCCUCUGUCCCACUGAGCUGAUCAAGUGCAAGCUCCAGGCCCUGCGCGAGAUGAAACACUUUGUGGAGCCCACCCAAACGGCCGACCUUCGCACGCCAUGGACGUUAACACGUUACAUUUGGCGCACCGAAGGCAUACGCGGGUUUUAUCGUGGAUUGGGCUCCACAUUUAUACGCGAGAUGCCCGGCUAUUUCUUUUUUUUUGGCAGCUACGAGGGCACACGUGAGCUGUUGCGCGGUAAGGAUCAGACAAAGGAUGAAAUUGGGCCGUUUAAGACAAUGGUUGCCGGGGCCAUUGGCGGUGUUUGUCUGUGGACAUCAACAUUCCCAGCAGAUGUCAUAAAGAGUCGCAUUCAGGUGAAGAACCUCAAUGAGGGCAUGUUCAGUGUCGGUGCGGAAAUUGUUCGACGAGAGGGCGUAUUGGCCCUAUAUCGCGGACUAUUGCCAUCAGUACUACGCACCAUUCCGGCCACGGCCACCCUGUUCGUUGUCUACGAGUAUACCAAGAAGGCUCUCCAUGGGGCGAUGUGACUGUGACCUGUGACAUUUGAGACUGGCGUGGGCGUGGGCGUGACCGCGGGCGGUUAUCAUUAAAAAAAAAAAAAAAAAACCAAAAAAAAAAAAAAAAACAAAAAAAAAAAAAUUUACGCUCACGCUGCUGCCAGUGCUCCAUUGCAAACGAUUUCCGAUUCUGUUGCCUUUGUUAUUAUUAUUAUUAUUAUCGCUAUAAUUACUAAUAUCAUUAGUAUGAUAUUGCUGAGCUCCAUAUCCAUAUGUGCUGCCCAGCUGCACUCGUCGCUGCGGUCAUUCAGAUAUUGGCCGCCUGGCGGAGACGACGCUUUAAAAAGUCCUGCCGAUCCGCGGCCGUUUCCAGUUCGCGCCACUCAUGCCAAUAGAUCUGCAGACGGACACGGUACAAAGUAGUUGAAAAUAGUUUAGCAUUCGAUAUGUUGAUGGGAAGCAACUGCCCUGACGCGUAUAUACGUACACAAUUUUUUUGUAUGACAAUAAAAAUGAUUCAAGACAAGUCAAACGCUUGAAAAUAAAUUAAAUAAUUGAAUUUAAUGUAUUCUACUGCAACUAGAAAAA